GGAAGGAGCGAAUGAUAAUCAACGAAUUCAUAUGUGGGGUCGUUGAACAUCGUCAAAUUCUCAUGGGCGAGUCAAGACCAUCUUGGCAGAGAUGAAAACACGCAACAAUGUCUGAACAUAUACGCACUCCGACCAACUCUCCGCCCUACAGCCCGCCCACUGCGGCCACAGGUGUUCGCGCCAAACCUUCUGCCCGACAGGGCUCCGAUGAACGGAGUGGAAGCCAAGAACUGCAGUCGGCGCAAGCUUCGAUACCGCGGAUAUCCAGGAAAGUCAAGGCCUGCGCCGCAUGUCGGAAACAGAAGAUAAAAUGUCUUAUGGACGAGCGGGGGCCUCCGUGUCGGAGAUGCGCGGAGAGGAAUCUUGGUUGUGUCUUGAACAAGAGCCUCCAAACCAUCAUUGAUGAGAAGACUCAAUUCGCGGAUGCUUACUCAGAUGACCUCUAUAUGGUGUAUUCCACCCUCCAGGGCGUUCUGUCACGCCUCAAUAUGCCUCCCAUGGCACAGCUCAGCUCGUCCACUGGCCCUAGUACAAGUUACUCGGAGGACAUAUUGGGACCUCCUUCUACAAACUCGGCACCCCAGCAGCAGCAGCAGCAGCAGCAGCAAGAAUCGGGGCUAUCCUGCGACAACUCACCCAAUAUCGACCCGGAGGACGAGGGCUUGCCCCAUGUCCCGAUUCACUCCCUCUACCAUCUUACAAAGAUAAGUGCAUUACGCUCACCCGAUACGAAGGAAGUCGAAAGGCAUCCAGGUCAUCCUGACAGUGACGUGGUCGUCGAUUUCAUCUCGAAAGGGGCCAUUAGCGUGGAAAGCGCAGAGCGUCUCUUCCGGCUGUACAAUGACCGGAUCGACCAUUUCAUGUAUCGGAUUGGUUGCCCAUGCGCCACCUUGGAUGAGCUGCGGAGGAGGAGCUCCAUCCUGACGGCCUGCAUUUGCACCGUCGCAGCCCUACACGAUCCCCAGAGCGACAAUAUCUACGGCAUCUGCAGCCACGAAUUCCGACGCCUAAUGGCAAACUCCAUGUUCGACCGUCGAAUCAGCGUGGAGACUCUGAGGGCCAUGUGCAUCGCCUCGUACUGGCUGAGCGACAUCUCCUGGACCAUGUCUGGCUAUGCCAUCCGCAGGGCCGUCGAGUUCAACCUGAGCCACAGUUUCGACCGUGUCAUGGCUGAAGGCAGCGAAGAGGCCGCAGACCGUUUGAGACUGUGGUACAUCCUCUAUGUUUGCGACCAACACCUCGCGACAAUUUACGGUAGGCCGCCAGUUGUUCAGGAAGACUUCUCCCUGCACAAAAGCGAGGCCUUUCUCCGCUGCUCUGCAGCAACCGUGUCGGACAUAAGGCUCAUCAGCCAGGUAACCCUGCUCCUCAUCUUCAGCAAGAUUCGGGGCGUGUUUGGGCCGUACACUGGGAACCCGAUCCCACAGGAGUAUCUGGGCCACAUUGUCGACUUCAACUAUCAACUUGAGCAGUGGUACACGAAAUGGACAGGCGAGAUACAAGAACAUAGCGAGCAGCUCGGCCGGUUCCCUCGAAAAGGCGCUAUUCUGCACCUCCAUUUCGCGAAACUAUACCUAUACUCGCAUGUAUUCAGUGGCCUUCGCGGAUCUCCUGUCCCACCUCCGUUCCAGGAUUUCGCUUCAACCGCAGUCACCGAGGCAAGAGCCAUCAUCAACCUGCUUCUUGUGGAUCCGGACCUGAUAGACGGGCUCAAUGGCAUCCCGUCUUGGCUACACUCGAUGACAGCCUUUGCCUGCAUGUUCCUCGUCAGCGUGUCCACAAAACACGGUGCCUCGCUAGUCGAUCCAGUCCAGGUCCAUGAUCUUAUCACCAGGCUCGUUGAACUGUUCCGAUCUAUACCGACGGGAAAAUGGCAUCUCGUCCACCUGAUGGCGGGUGGUCUCGAGAAGGUUCUGGAUAAGCUGCGCCGCUAUCCCGCGGCACCUCAAUCAAGUGAGCUGUCGGUCGAUGCCUCAGUGACAGACCCGAAUUCAGACCCGAAUUCUGCCGACAUGCACAAUGGCAUGCUCACGGACUGGCCUCCCGGAGCAUCGUUUGGUGAAGGUCUCGAGGGGAGUCCCUUCUUUGAUAUGAAUUUUGGCAUUUCACCGCACCUACGCUUUGACCCGUCUGUGCUAAAUUUCGGCAACGCAGGACAUGAUUUCUGAGGCGUGACACAGUCAAGGGCAAGGGCUAUUCGGCAGCACAGCACAGGACAUGAUUUCUGAGGCGGGAUACAAUCAAGGGCUUU